AUGAUUUUCUCACGCAUUAUCUCGCUCAUCCUGCGAGUUUCGCAGUUUGUCUUUGCGGCCAUUGUUCUUGGCCUGACAGCAUACUUUGUCUACAAGAUUGAAAACCCAGGUCGUGGGCCCCGUGGCCACGAUGACUGGGACCCUCUUGGUCGACUCAUCUUUGCUCUUGUCUGGUCGUCUCUUUCCAUCAUCUUCGCUAUUAUCUGGGCUAUUCCCACGACGUUUGCUAUGAAGGGAUUUAUUUCCGACUUCAUCUUCACUGCAGGUUGGGCCGCCGUCUUCGGUGUCCUCGUCGACUGGUUCAACGACGCAGGCUGUGGUAGCCCAUGGGCAUGGGGCGAUGUGUCAUUCAGGCGUGGGGAUUCCUGCGGCCAAUGGCGUGCUGCCCAGGCCUUUUCUUUCUUGUCCUUGAUCGCCUGGUUUGCAACUGGCAUCCUCGGCAUUAUUAUGGUGCUCCGCCUGAGACGCCGCGCGGCAGCAGCUAAAACCUCCCGCGUAUAAUCGGUCCAUUGGAUGACCAUUGGUCGUUCAUGGCGGUGAAUAUAUACACUUGUACGGUGUAUAGUGAGUACUUGCCAAAGGGCCGAAUGGGGAUGGAAAACAGCACACUAUCAUUUUUCAGAACUCUGUUGCUCAACCUUGUUUUCGAGUAUGAAACUCUACCUAUGUGUCGAUAUGAAAGCGGCACUCGUCAUCUACUGUUCAGCGAGGCGUCUUAUCGUGUUUCCUGUUGAGUUUGGUCCCAUCAAUUGUCGGAGCCGUUCUAAGAAUAUGAGUCUAUGACACGUAUAACCGAAAUGGUAUAUUAUUAUUAAACAUUU